AUGGGAAAUUGGGACGGAGGAGGUGGUGACGCAGCCCAAAUCACUGUCCCUGGAGGUGGUGGGGGUAUUGGCAACGAUGAUGGAUGUGGUACCAAGGGUGCUUUUUGCUGUGGCGGUUUUGGUUGUGGAGCAAGUGGUUGUGUAGGUGGCGGAGGCCAGUUUGUAUUGGAUAUUGGUAGUGGCGGGGGCCAGUUUGUAUUGGGCAUUGGUGGCGGAGAUCAUUUUGUGUUGGAUAUUGGUUGUGGCGAAGGCCAGUUUGUGUUGGGUAUUAGUAGUGGAGGAGACUAG